AUGAAGGUGAUCUCUGCCAUAAGAAAGCUAAAGCUCUGGCCAAGAAAGAAGAGAAAAAAGAAGACUUUACUAACACACUCACCGGCGCCGCCACCAUCCCGGCCGCCUCCACCUCCACCGGCGUAUUUUCCGGUCGACAGCCAUUACGAGCCGCUUUUGCCUUCGGCCCCGCCCUUGCCCCCUUGGCUCGAAUACGAUUUGCAAUUCCCCCUGAAAUCCGAAGCUAACUCAGUCUUGCAUAAUUCGAUUACAGACAAAUUUAAACCCUAUUGUUCUGAGAUAUCAGAUUCGCAGGAAAUUAUUGAGGCCGAGGAAGAUUCUUUACAUGAUUAUAUGGUUUCGAGUCCGAUUAAGUAUGAGCAGAGCGUGGUCCCUCGGCUCGAGAAAUAUGAAAGGGGUAAUGGCGUUUUUGGGCGAGUUGUUGGGUUUGGUGUUCAUAUUGUGCGCUGUGUAUUUCCUUGCUUUCAUGUCAGAGAAGUUGUUAGAUUAAAUGGAGAGACCGAGAACAAUGCGUGCAACCACGCAGACCGCACGCAUGCGAGAGGACCACUUGGCACCUAUGCGCAAGGUCAACCGGCUAGAGGACCACGCGUAACUCCUCUCUUUCCUAUGAACUGA